AUGCGCGAUUUCUCGCUGCUGAGCCACUCGGGCCUCUUCGACGUGAGCGUCCCGGGCAGCUUCACCUGGACCUUCGGUCAACUGAUCGCGCUCAUGUAUAUCUUCGCUGCCUACCAGAUUCUGUCUCACUUCGCCCUGCAGCAGUCCAUCAAGGGGCUUUCCUAUAUUAACAGCGGUGAUUCCCUGAGCAUCAGUUGCAUCAUUAGGUUGUAUUUGACUUCCAUUGUCAUCUAG